AUGUUUGGCACUCCCGGACCGGUAGCGCUCUUUAACGAGUUGCCAGAGCAUAGCGAGUAUCUCUGGAGGUUGAUUGAAGAAAGGAAACCGGAUGUGGUGUAUAUUUGUUUAAGGUACAUCGCUACAUUCGGUGAAUACGACGAAUUUUCCGAAAAUGGCGAUGACGCAAAGACAAAGGCGUAUUUGGCAGCUAUCCAAAGGCUAAGCAAUUUCACCAAGCACAUCAUCGUCGAGCUCGACUUUCCGUUCCGGUGCGAGCCCAGGCCCGGGAAGCCGGCAGUGGAAAAUAUACAAAAUUUCUUGAAUGACGUCAUCGACUCGUUGGAGCGCGACAAACCCUUGGAUGGCUUGAAUUUAUCAUUUAAUGCAACGGAAUAUGAGCAAAAUCCAGCUAGAAGACGUUGGCGUUUUGUUCAAAAACAGUGCCCGAAAUGCCAGUUGUUCGAUUUGAUCCCAGCGUUUCUUGAUUCCGAAGGGCACACUUUCCGGAUGUCUGAUCCGGCUACGAAACACUCGUAUCUUGACAAUCAAUGCCAUCAUACCGAAGCUGGCCUAGCCGUCAUGGAAGACCCCAUUCGGAAGGUGUUGGCUCCGUAUUUA